AUGACGAGAACUAUACUGGUUAUUGGAGGGACGGGCGCGCAAGGCGUGCCUGUUGUCAAAGCUUUGGCAUCUGACUCAGAGUAUAAUGUACGAGUACUCACAAGGAGCUCUUUCUCCAUGGAGGCCCAAGAAUUGGCAAAGAUACAUGGAGUGGCAAUACAUGAAGGGAAUUGCUAUGACGAGACGACACUUCGCCAGGCGCUUAAGGGUGUCAAUGGUAUAUUUGUCAACACAAAUGGGCUGGCUAUUGGAGAAAAGGCUGAAAUAUACUGGGGCAUCCGUCUCUACGAACUUUCACGAGAAUUCGGCUUAGAGCACUUCGUUUACGCAGGCCUUGAAUAUGCAUCGAAGCUCGGCAACUUCCAGCCUAAAUACAGGUGUAGCUUCCUCGAUGCAAAGGGCAAAGUGGCGGAAUAUAUAUCUGCUCAGCCAACAACGCCAAUGGCGUGGUCAGUUAUAACCUCUUGUGGAUAUAUCGAAGCGCUGUCGGAGGUCCUUCGGCCUUUUCCUGAUCCUAAUGAUCCUACUACCCUCAUUUUUGCCGCUCCUCUUGGAUCUGCAAAAUGUCCUCUUAUCUACCUUGAGGAUUAUGGGGCAUAUGUCAGAUGGAUGUUCGACACCCCGGCUCGUAGCAAUGGCCUUAACCUUCACGUUGCUACAGAGGAUAUUAGUUGGAACCAUGUUGCGGCAUCAUUUACCGAGCUUACUGGCAAGAAAGCAGUUUAUAAAGACUUUACACUGGAAGAAUAUUUCAACCUUGGGACUAUACCUAAUCCCGAUGCAAAGCUUGGCCAUUCAGCUGAUCCUAAUGAUUCAACUUUGCUCACGUAUCGGGAAAGCUUCACAGGAUUCUGGAACACGUGGAAGGAUGGUUUGACUUCGAGGGACUACAAUUUACUAAAUGAAAUCCUGCCAACGAGGGUCAAGACUGUUAGAGAAUGGAUGGAAAAGACAGGAUAUACUGGAGAAGCUAUAUCUGUGUUGAAGGAUUAUCGGGAUAGAACGGUAGUACGAAAGGUUAGUGACAUACCGUAG